AUGUUUGGUACUGUUACUGAUAGAGAUUGCGUGGAUGGGAUAAUAGCAGAUGUAGAUGCUAAAGUUAUCAAGCUCGUUGAAGACACUACCGACGAGGUUCCUUGGGCAGUUGAAGCUGUGGCUGACUUGUUCAUGACCUGUAAGGGGAUUAACCCGUCGGGUCCGAAGGCGAAAGGGAAACCAGAAGUGUUCGGAAAUUCGCACGAUGAAGUAGUAGCAGUAUUCGUCACUGUGGCUGUGCAGCCAGAGACAGUCGUACACGUUGUUGAGCAACUCAUGCUCGCUCCGGAUGAGCAGUUACUAAUUGAACAUGACCGCCAAGGCUAUAUACUCUUGCCAACUCCGAAAAGUAGUAGCCCUACAUCUUUGGCGGGACAAAAGAUAAUGCAGUGGCUAUUUCCGAUCAGCACACUUGUCCAGAAAAUAGGGCAGAUAGUUUACACUCACAACAAGAAUGGUAUGACAAGUUUUGGACCUGAACCCUUUUUUACCGUAACUAUUGCAUUGGUUGUUACUCCCGAUAUGCUAGAACUAACCACCGAAACAGUCGCAGGGCGUGGCGUGAUGAAUGGAAGAGGUAGAAGUUUGCCAGCCACAGGGGUAGUAGUAGUGCUUGUAGUUGGUAUUGGGAUUGGCGCCAGCCCUGUCCGCGAAACCUGUGACUUGGACGAUAUCAACAACGAGCUUGCCACACUUAGUGUUGCUACCAUCCCGCUGCCCUGGGCCACCGACAUUGUAUUAUUACCCGUACCAUUGCUUGGCACCAUUGAUGAAAACGCCAUUGGAGAAACAAUUGGGAAAUUUGAGGGUGUAUUGAGUGCUUCCGACCCAACUCCACUUGCCCCAGUUAGAGCAGUAAAUGUACUGCUCCUGUUAUCUCUACCCAAAGUGGAAAUUUUAGAGUCUGAUAUGCUUAAUAGGGAUAGGGAAAGUGUGGCGGGCAUGAAAGGUUCAACAGCAGCCGUUCCAGAAGACGACACUGUUAUCAUAGUAUCAGCGUGCGGUAUACCAGUCUGUCCAUCAACAAAGUUGGACUGGGUGCUAUCUUGGCCUACAGAAUGUCAGAAAGCAAUCUAG